UGUUUUCACAGAAACAACACGAGAACUCUCUCUAACUUUACUCUUCUCUGAACAACAAAGCAGCAACUGUUACUCUCCUCAUCAGCCACUGACCCAAAUUUAGAGCCAUCUUCUUCUCAUCUUCUGUACACUGCUAUAACUGCAAAUCUCAGACCUAUACCUCUCUUUAGAAGUCGUAAUAUAAUUAAUUUUGGACUUUAGAGAUGGGAGGAUCUGGUGGUGUAGGAAGCUUCCUCAAGGUUAUACUCAACAACUUUGACAUUCUUGCCGGGCCGGUGGUUAGUCUGGUUUAUCCUCUGUAUGCCUCAAUAAGAGCUAUAGAGAGCAAAUCCCCAGUCGAUGAUCAGCAAUGGCUUACAUAUUGGAUUUUGUACUCUAUGAUUACACUUUUUGAGCUGACCUUUGCCAAGCUUAUUGAAUGGCUUCCUUUCUGGUCAUAUGCAAAACUGAUCACAACCUGCUGGUUGGUGAUACCUUACUUCAAUGGUGCAGCAUAUGUGUAUGAGCAUUAUAUUAGGCCUUAUAUUGUCCAACGAAAAGCAGUUAACAUCUGGUAUGUUCCACGAAAGAAGGAUGUCUUUAGUAAGCCUGAUGACAUCCUAACUGCUGCAGAGAAAUAUAUACAAGAACACGGAACCCAAGCAUUUGAGGAGAUGAUCCACAAGGCUGAAGGAGAACGAAGGCCCCAAACCAGCAAUUACGUGUUUUAUGAUGACGACUACAGAUACUGAACCUUGUAUACUACAGUUUCUUUAGUUUGGUUUUUGCUGCUCCAGUACUUUAGGAAAGGACGAGAUCUAUCUGCCAUUGUAAAGAGGUGCCCUGAAACUGAUGGUUUGGUCUUUGUACGUUUGGACUAUUAGCUUCUCUCAGAGAGUUUUUGCAAUCCUGUAUUUUUAACUUUUAAGUUAUAAACUUAUACUGUUUAUGGCUCUUUCACCAAGGUGUUUUCCAAGAUACUUUUUAUCAGUCACUGUUAAUUCCAAACAUUUUGUUAAGGAUAAUGAGAGCCGUUAUUCUAUUUCUCUU